AUGGGGGAUGUUGAAGACCCUUCAAUGAGUUUGAAUAAAAUGCUUAACGGUGGUGCUACGGCUGAAGACAGCGGCGGAAUGUCAACCGGGUUUGGUGUUGUGGAUCAAGGUUAUCUUGGUUUUGAUUCCGGCAAUAUUAAUCAAAUUUCUCAUAAAUUUAAUGAAAAACAUGGGUUAUCUAACUUAUCUUUAACACCACUGCCGCCGCCGUCGUUGCCGGCGGCGGCCGCCAUGUUUUCCGGCCAACACCACCAGAAGGUUGAAGACCCUCAUAGCCCUUUUGUGUUCCGGUUUAAUUCAUCACAAAUUCAUCUAGUGGAUGUGAAACCCCAACUGGUAAUCAACCAAAAUCAAUCUCAACCUCAUCAAAAUCCAAGCUUUUUUGUGCCAUUAGAACAUCAAACCCUAAAUCCACCACACCCAAAAAGGUACAACUCAGGAAGCACACAGUUCAACUUCAAAAUGCACAAAACCCCUUUUCUUGAUUCACCCCCAAACCCUCUUCAAUUGCCAUCAUCAAUCAAGAAAAUGUCAGGCAUUGAUGAGUUGGACCAUCAUCAUCAUCAAGGGAUCAUUGACCAGCUUUUCAAGGCAGCUGAAAUGGUUCAAUCCGGGAACAAUCCGUUACUCGCGCAAUCGAUAUUGGCGCGGCUCAAUCAUCAGCUUUCUCCGGUCGGUAAGCCUUUCGACCGGGCUGCUUUUUAUUUCAAGGAAGCUCUUCAAUUACUAAUUCAUUCAGUUGUCAACAAUAUGAAUCCUAUUGCUUCACCAUUUAGUUUGAUUUUCAAAAUUGGUGCUUAUAAAUCAUUCUCCGAGGUUUCGCCGUUAGUUCAAUUCACCAAUUUCACUUGUAAUCAAGCAUUGCUUGAAGUCUUGGAUGGGUUUGACCAGGUGCAUAUAGUUGACAGAGGUUGA